AUGCGAUGCGAUUCAUCUGCGUGUCAUCUAGGCCCUUACUGUUGGCUGGACCCAAUGGGAAAGAAGCACUACCAACUCAAAACAUAUCAUAUGAGGCGCCUAGUGACCCACGUGGAAAAGGGUGGCCUUCUCGAGCCCCAUGCGGACGUACCCGAAGCAAUCCGUGAAGAAUUAUAUAUGGAAGAGCAACAGAGGCUCGAAAGAGACAAGCGCAAGGGAGGCAACUCCCUUGGAUCAGGAAUACCCUAUCCUCCUAUCAACAUCAAUGUUCUGCCCUCGCAGUCUCUCGCCUCUGGAUUGGGCAUCUCAAGUGCCAACGAGGUUGUUGACUCGAAGAGUAUGAGCCCACUGGACAUUCCCGGGCCAAGAGACGUGGCUGUCAAGGAGUAUGGUGAGUGGCAGGUGUCAAAUGUCACCAACGACUCCCUCAAAGCUGCAUUUCGACAAGCAUGUGAUGUGAUGCUUGAAGAUGGGCUUGACCUAGAGCAGGUCUACAAAGAUCAAGACCCGGAAUUCUUCAUCAGCAAAGGAAUUAAGCGGGGAAUUGCCCGACGUUUCGUGGAGGAUAUUCGGAGCUGGGUCCAGAACGUGAAAAAAGAAAUCCCUAUCUAUGAAAUACUAUAA